UCUUCCUACAACUGCUUUAUUAGACACUUUUGUUAAUUUUAUGUGUUUGCAUGAUUGCUUAGAAAGAUUCCAUCUGGAUAUAUAUGGAUGUUUUCUGGUUUUAAUUUCAGUCAGUUCUAUUUUUAUGCUUUCUUUUUCAACUUUUUGACUGAUCAGUUGUUGUUGUGUUGUUUUUGUUUUGCAACCUCCCCUCUUACCCCCUCUCGGGUUGUAUCCAGGCCAUUCCCCCUCCCAGCAGUGCCACACCCUGCUCCUCCGCCGGCCCAACCCCUGCCCCAUUGCCUCAGCCAACGGACACCCAUACCCCCCCUCUAAAGUCCUCCCCCUGCAUCUGCAUAUGCCUCCUCCUCCACCCCUCCAUUCCGGCACACAUUCCCUCCCUCCUUUCUCCUCUUUUGGUUAUGUUCCUCUUCCCAUAUCUCCUCCUUCUCUGUCUACUCCUCCUCUGUCCAUUUCUCCUCCUCUCUCCACUCCUCAGGAGCAGCAAAGUCAGACAGGUUCCCGGACGGCAGAGCUGAGUCCUCUGGGCUCUCCCACUUUAGGACAUCAGAGCAGCACCAGUGAGGACAUCUGGGUGUUACGCAAACCAGUGGCAGGAGGAGAGCGCAGUGGCAGUGUGUGCAGCUUGGGCAGCGUUCGCUCCUCCAGCAGCCUGCAAGGAUCUGGAAACACCCAUGUCCUGACAACGCCGGCCCCCAGUCCUCAGCCGGCCCCUACGCCAGGACUCAACACUCAUGGCCUCAACGCUCCAGGGCUGCAUGCUCAAGCUGAAGGGGUCAAGGUAAGAGGCCUCCUGAAUGUUCUGGCUCAGUGAGUAAAAGCAAA